AUGUCUAAUAUAUCACUUGACAAAGAUACAUUUUAUCGACGUAUGAAGAAGCUUUACGCAGCAUGGAAGGGUGCUGCAGUGGAUUCAAAAGGAGAUGAUGCCUUGGCGAAGGUUGAUUGCCUGGUUUCUUGCGUUGGAGUGGAUGAAGAUACACUUUACAGCAAAUCAACAGCGCUACAGACAUGGCUGUUUGGUUAUGAACUACCAGAUACUAUAACAGUGCUUACGGAACAUAGCAUGUGUUUCCUUGCAAGCAAAAAGAAGAUUGAGUUUCUGAGACAAAUUGAAAAUGGCAAAGAAGAAUCUGAACUACCUCCAGUUAAAUUACUUAUUAGAGACAGAAAUGACAAAGAUAAGGAAAACUUUAGCAAGUUAGUACAAGAGAUAAAAAAAUCGAAAUCUGGCAAGUCACUAGGUGUUUUUGCCAAGGAUAAUUAUCCUGGUGAAUUCUGUGAGAGUUGGAAGGGUAUUAUGAAGGCAGAAAAAUUCGAAAACGUAGAUAUAAGUUCAGCCAUUGCUUUAUUAAUGGCUCCUAAGGAAGAUUCAGAGAUUAUUACUGUAAAAAAAGCAUGUUUAGUGACAGUUGAUGUGUUUACUAAAUAUUUAAAAGAUCAGAUUAUGGAAAUCAUUGAUUCUGAUAAGAAAGUAAAACACUCAAAACUAGCAGAGGGUGUAGAAGCUGCAAUAUCAGAUAAGAAAUAUGUAACAGGGGUGGACACCAGCCAAGUGGACAUGUGCUACCCACCUAUUAUACAAUCAGGAGGACACUACAGUCUCAAAUUUAGUGCCGUAUCUGAUAAAAACCACUUGCAUUUUGGUGCUAUUGUCUGUUCACUUGGUGCGCGGUACAAAUCAUAUUGCUCAAACAUAGUCCGCACACUCCUUGUUAAUCCAACAGAUGAAAUUCAAAGCAAUUACAACUUUUUACUGAAUAUAGAAGAAGAAGUAAUGAAAAAAUUGGUGUCUGGAGCGAAAUUGUCAGUGGUGUAUGAAGCUGGAUUGGAAUUGGCUAAAAAAGAGAAAUCCAGUUUGGUUGAUAAUCUUACUAAAUCUUUUGGGUUUGCUAUGGGCAUAGAAUUCCGUGAAAGUUCCAUAGUAAUUGGUCCUAAGACAUCUGCUGUAGCUAAGAAAGGCAUGGUGUUUAAUAUUAAUAUUGGCUUGGCUAAUUUGACAAAUAGUGCAGCCACAGAGAAGGAAGGCAAGACUUACGCUCUAUUCAUCGGUGAUACAGUAUUAGUGAACGACGAACAGCCGGCGUCGCUUCUCACACAAUCUAAGAAAAAGAUAAAGAAUGUUGGUAUCUUCUUGAAAGAUGAUGAUGAAGAAGAAGAAGAGGAAAAAGAAAACAAGACUGAAAUACUUGAGAAUGGAGGUAGGGGUAAAAGAACAGCAGUUAUCGAAUCAAAACUUCGUACGGAGCACUCUUCGGAAGAAAAACGUAAAGAACAUCAACGAGAAUUGGCCAUAACACUUAAUGAAAAAGCAAAGGAACGUUUAGCCAAACAGUCUAGUGGCAAGGAAGGUGAAAAGUUAAGGAAAAGCACAGUUUCGUAUAAGAAUGUGAGUCAAAUGCCGCGGGAAAACGAGGUCAAAGAACUUAAAUUAUACGUUGAUCGUAAAUACGAAACUGUUAUCCUACCGAUAUUCGGCGUGCCAGUCCCAUUCCAUAUAUCGACCAUAAAGAACAUCUCUCAGUCUGUGGAGGGUGAUUACACUUAUCUUAGGAUAAACUUUUUCCAUCCCGGUGCCACUAUGGGUAGAAACGAGGGCGGCAAUUAUGCGCAACCUGAUGCUACAUUUGUUAAGAAGUGCGAAAUAUCACCUCCAUCUGCAAAUUUAAAUACCGGCUUUAGAUUAAUUAAAGAAGUACAGAAAAAGUUCAAAACCAGAGAAGCAGAAGAAAGAGAAAAAGAAGAUUUGGUUAAACAAGACACUUUGGUUAUCUCACAAAGUAAAGGCAAUCCAAAACUAAAAGAUCUGUAUAUAAGACCCAAUAUUGUGACCAAGAGAAUGAGUGGAUCUUUAGAGGCACAUACAAACGGCUUCAGAUUCACAUCUGUCAGAGGAGAUAAAGUAGAUAUUCUUUACAAUAAUAUUAAAAAUGCAUUCUUCCAGCCAUGUGAUGGUGAAAUGAUUAUUCUGUUACAUUUCCACUUGAAACAUGCCAUUAUGUUUGGUAAAAAGAAACAUGUCGAUGUCCAAUUCUACACUGAAGUGGGUGAGAUAACGACAGACUUGGGCAAGCACCAGCAUAUGCACGACAGAGAUGACUUGGCAGCAGAGCAGAGUGAACGGGAGCUGAGACACAAACUCAAAGUUGCCUUCAAGAGUUUCUGCGAACGAGUUGAGAACAUGACUAAACAGGAGGUGGAAUUCGAUACACCAUUUAGAGAGCUGGGCUUCCCUGGAGCGCCGUUCCGCAGCACGGUGCUGCUGCAGCCCACGUCGGGAGCUCUCGUCAACCUCACGGAGUGGCCGCCGUUCGUCAUAGCACUUGAAGAUGUAGAAUUAGUCCACUUCGAGCGUGUGCAGUUCCAUCUAAAGAACUUCGACAUGGUGUUUGUGUUUAAGGACUAUGCAAAGAAAGUUGCUAUGGUGAAUGCCGUACCAAUGAAUAUGCUGGAUCAUGUUAAGGAAUGGCUAAACUCUUGUGACAUUCGUUAUUCCGAGGGUAUUCAAUCUUUAAAUUGGACGAAAGUCAUGAAGACUAUAACCGAUGACAUUGAAGGAUUCUUCGAUAAUGGCGGUUGGUCCUUCUUAGAUCCAGAGUCAGAUGCGGAAAAUGCAGCAGCGGAUGAAUCAUCGGAAGAGGAAGAUGAUGCGUACGAACCGACAGACGCUGAAUCCGAGGAGGACUCAGAUGACGGGUCUGAAUACGAUUCUGAAGCGUCAGAUGAGUCCGACGCCUCUGGAGAUAGUGAAGAAGAAGAUGAGGAGUCGGGGAAAGAUUGGUCUGAUUUAGAAAGAGAAGCUGCAGAAGAAGAUAAAAAAGAGAGGAUCUAUGAUCGUGAGACUGACUUUGACCGGAAACGUAAAGGUGGCCCCAGCGGCAGACAUUACGAAGAAGAUGAGGGCCGCGGGAAGAAAGGCAAAAAUGACAAGAGUUCGAACCACAAGAGUUCAAACCACAAGAGCUCUAGUUCCAACCAUAAAAGCUCAAGCUCAAAUCACAAAAGUUCUAAUCAUAAAAGUCCAUCAAAACACAGCAAUAGCAGCCCUUCAAAGAAUCGCGAUAAGCACCACAAAUCUCACUCUGACCGUGACAAGUCGAACAGCAAAUCUAAUGACAAGAAACACUCCAGCGACCACAAGUCGCAUAAGCGAUCGCGCGAUGAUAGUCGAGAUAAUGACCGUCAUUCUAAAAAAGCUAAAAAAUAA